GCCGACCCGAAGUCCGUGCACGGAUCUCAAACCACCACACCCCAUGCUAACGUUCAUCCUGAUUGUGCUGCUCUCGCUGCCCAGCACACAAUCGUUCCUCGCUCCGCCCGCCCGUAUUGCAGCCCCGUCUCGUCGCACCUCAAAGCAUCCAAUGGCUCCGCCGCAAAGCGAAGCUAGCGUAGAUGCCCAGGCGCUCGAGAUCAUCGCCGAGCUCAAGGCGGGAACAAAGACCAUCGCGGAUCUCCUUGGUCCCCUUACGGGUACCAAGGACAUGACCCCUGCCAUCAACAUCAGGCCCGGCUCGAAGGACCCGGUUCCCGCCGCCCCGCAGGCGGAGUUCCUCCCCAAGGACGACUACAACGUCAAGCUCGUGAACAACGUCGGCCCUACUGACUACGUCAACCCGGAGCCGCUUGAGAAGUAUGACCUGGUGGUGAUUGGCUCAGGUGCAGCGGGGUUACUGAGCGUGAUCAUUGCGAACGGGCUGGGCAAGACUUGCGCCCUGGUGGAGCAGCACGCCAUGGGCGGCGACUGCCUGAACGUGGGCUGCGUGCCUUCCAAGGCGCUGAUCGCGUGCGCGACCAGACUGCAUGAGGUGCAAAACUCGGCCGAGUUUGGGGUGGAGAUCAAGGGUGAAGUCGGAGUGGACUUUGGCAAGGUGAUGAAGAGGAUGCGCCGGGUACGCUCCGACAUCUCGGAGCACGACUCCGUCGCCCGCUACUCCCGAGACUUCGUCAAGCACAUCUUCCUUGGACGGGGAGUGUUUACGUCUGCGGACACGAUCGAGGUUGCCGGAAAGAAGCUCAAGUUCGACAAGGCCAUGGUGGCCACGGGAGCUUCCGCGGCAGUCCCCCCAGUUCCCGGUCUGAACGACACGCCUCACCUUACGAACUCCAACUUCUGGAACCUGGAAGAGUUGCCACCGAGGAUGGGCGUGAUCGGGGCAGGGCCGAUCGGCCUGGAGAUGUCCCAAGCAAUGCAGCGCUUCGGUUGCAAGGUGACCUGCUUCGAGUACGCCGAUCAGCUUUUGCCCAGGGAGGACCCUGAUGCGGCCAAGUGUCUGGAGGGAGCACUGCUCGAAGACGGGCUUGACAUCAGGCUAGGCGCUCGCAUCAAGCGUGUCGAGUGUGACGAGGGCGGAGGGCAGUUCAAAGCCCCGUUCAAGGCCUACCGGGUCAUCCUCGACAAGAACGGAGAGGAGGAGGUGUACGAGUGCGACUGCCUCCUUAACGCCACGGGCCGCGUGCCGAAUGUCUUCGGAGUGGGGCUCGACGAUGCCGGCGUGGACUACAACAACCGACAAGGGGUGGUGAUCGACGACUACUUCAGGACGACGUCCCCGAACAUCUACGCGUGCGGAGAUUGCGCAUCUCCGUACAAGUUCACCCACGCCGCUGACUGGCAGGCGCGCGUGGCGAUCCGGAACAUGUUCCUGGGCGACAAGAACAAACAGUCUGACCUGCUGGUGCCGUGGUGCACCUAUACGGAGCCCGAGGUGGCUCACGUUGGCAAGUACGAGGCGGAACUCAAGGAAAACGGCGUGGAGUUCGAGUCCUACAUGCGCCAGCUGAAGGACGUCGACCGCGCCAAGUGUGAGGGCAUCACGAAGGGGUUCGCCAAGAUCACCGUCGAGAAGGGCUCUAACGGCAGGAUUCUUGGCGCUACCGUGGUGGGCCCGAACGCCGGAAGCAUGAUCUCGGAGCUCACCAUUUGCAUCCAGAACAACGUUUCGAUGGGCCAGCUGGCAGGUACGAUCCACCCUUACCCGACGGCGGCGGAGUGCAUCCGGCAGGCCGCGAACCUGUACAUCAAGACCUACCGCACGCCUGCGGUCAACAAAGCUCUCGACAUCAUCAUGGCUGAGCAGUCUUGAGUUAACACCCGUGAACGAUAGGUUGGGCGCCUUCUCCCCUGUGUUCUUGAGCACGUGAACCGCGGACGACUACAAUGGGAUGCAAAAAUAUGCUUGUGUUUCUUGUGUAGUUUCCCUAGGUGCCUCGUUGAACCAUUCGGUGUUUGUCUUCAUCGAUGUCUACGAAUCAUUGCUGCUGUGGCACGGUUCGAAAGAGAAAAGUGGUCUGUGUGGACGUUGGGCCACCCGUGGCAUCGGUAUUCCACGACCGUGCCAGUUGUUUUGGAUGUGGGUCGGCUUUCCUUUGGGUGGUGAGGCUGUUGGACCUAAAAUCGCCAUCGGCGAUGACUCUAUCUAGCUAGCUAGCGCUUGUCCCCAUUCUCCAGCGGUGUGUCAUUCUUUCACACACGGUUGGGCGCAAGGCAGGGCGAGAUUGCUGGAACGGGAAUGUUGGCGCAACCAGCAAGAGUGGUUGGUGUAGUUUGAUCCAUGUCCGGUGACGUGCUGGGCGUACGGAGGUGCUUUUUCGAAAAUGACGGCUCAGCACCACAAAUAUGCGUCUUACUCUUGUGUGGUGGCUGUGGUAUGAACUCGUUUCUUGGGCACCGCGAAACUUUGGCGUUAUUGCUUGGUUUAUGGCGCCUAGAGGAGAUGCCCUCUUUUCAGCGCUCGUGGGGCUUGGAAUUAUUGUCUUCUCCAAGCGAAGAUACACUUAGUAGUAGAUAGUCUAGUGGGCGUAUCAACAACCAAGCUGUGUCACCGGGGUUGAUGGAUUGCCAUUGGUGAGGAUGUUGCGGGCUUCCUACCGAGCCGUGAAGAAAAUUGAUUGCGAAGUUUGAGCUUUGGUAAGCUUGUGUUACGAGCAUCAACGUGGAAACAGUUAUUUGCGGGAGGUCGUUCAGCAGGGACUUCAGUAGACUGCAGUUGGGGAAGGCAUUUUCGUGAAUGAGCGGGAAGUGUGGUUACUGCGUAUCGUUCCGCAGAACCACAACCACCAAUUAAUAGGGGGAACCAUGGUACCAUGUUCUUGAGUGCUGUGUGUUGUACGAGCUGGCGGCUGGCAGGCUAGACCGAGCGAGAUGCGGCGAGGCUGUCCGCUGGCAAACAACGACGCGAUGCGGCGGAGCUCCGCAGAAACAUUUCUGGAGCUGAAUGUGGUCGUGUUCAGCAACAAGUUAAUACCGAUAGCCCCAACACCUUCAACCUUUUCACUUGGGUCACCACUCAAAAACGCCAACCAUAACGUCGUUUCCGGGUGCGUGUACCUCCCCUCGAGCGAACGUCCGGUUCCACUUCUCCUUCUCUCCCUCUUCGUUCCCUCCCCCUGUCCUCUUCCCGUUACCCCGAUCCCUACCCCCCUUCCCCUCUCUUCCUCACUGUCGAACUCCCCUCUUUGCUGAAUAUCGAGUCUCCUUCUACUGCACGCCUUGAACGUUUUUGGCAACAGUCUUGCGCUGCAGCAGCUUGGGCUAGGCCUGCGACGCCCCCUGCGGGUGGCCUGAUGUUGCUCUUUCUUCCUCUCGUCGGUGUGGUUGAGCAAUGUAUGAGAUUGCCGGACACAUAGGCGUGUUGAGUGAUUAAGCUGUAUACUGAAACCCCAAGUUUUGAGAUUGCCAGACACAUGGACGGGUUGAGUGGGGAUAGCUGCGUAUGUCGGUAAACUCGUGGCUUCUGGGGAAAAGAUGUUGUAUUAAUGAGACCUUGGACCAGGAGAACAGGUCAAAAGGUAGAGUGAGCAAGGGUGGGGCGAGCACCACAGCACCACAGCACCACCCGUCGCUCGACCAACGCACGAAAGCAGAACACAAUACCGGAACACAAUAAUAUCGGAACACAACGACUCAACAGGGGCUACCGUACUUAUCAACGUACCAUAAAUCCUCGGGGUGAUGCACUAUCCACGAAGAACAUUCCUACAGAACGUUCCUCGCUGUUCUGAUAAUAUGUGGCUA